UUUCUCCUUCUUCUUCCUCCUCUUGAAGCAGUUUAAGGAACAAAAAAAACAAAACAGAGACUUUGAUUUGAAAAAAAACCCUAAUUUUUCAAGAAACCCUCAAAUUCCAGACCAUAUCUUCUCAAACCCUCAAUCAAGUUUCAAACUCUCUCUAUGUAAAUGCAUCUGAAGAAUUCAUCACUACCAGAACGACGAUUCAUCGGGAAAGAAGAUUCCGAUCAGAGCCCAGAUAAGUCCAUUGAUUCAGUCGGUGGCCUCACUUUGUAUAACAAAAAUCCGCAAGAUCAUCAUCUCACGGUUGAUAUCCCAAUCUCGACUCCGCACAAAAGGUCUGUGGUGGCUCAACCGUCUAACAUCUCCGCCGCCGCCGCCGAUCGUUUCCGACGAGGACGUACAAGGGCACGAUUGGGAUCGGUUUCUUCAUUUUCCCCGACGAACCUUUUCUCUUUUCUUUCUUCGUGUCGUCCUGUGAUUGUUCGGUUCUUGAGGAAGCUCUUACGCCAUAUCCUUCGAGCACGUUUGAUUUGUUUCCAUCUUCGUUUCUUGCUUCUUCUCGCUGUUCCUCCUUUAUACAUCUUCUUCCUUGUCAUCAACCUUCGUAUCUUUCUUCGUCUCAUCUUUGCGAUUAUCGCUUUAUCUUUCAUCUUCUCCAUCUCUCUCAGAUUCGCUCUUCCUCACUUGCCUUCAAUUCGUCUUUUCGUCGCUCGGUUGCUGACUUUUAUCCCCGCGAGAUUCUCUUCCUCUCGGCCGAGCAGCACGAACCAAGUUGUUUGGUCUAUUGGGUCGAAGCCAGUUUCGGAGAAUAAGACAAAUUCAGGAUCUUGGGUUCAGAAGUUUGGAAGCGAUGAUGUCUAUGAAGGAGAGUUUCAUAAAGGGAAGUGUUCAGGAAGUGGAGUUUAUUACUAUUCCAUGAAAGGCAAAUAUGAAGGUGAGUGGAUUGAUGGGAAAUAUGAUGGUUAUGGAGUUGAAACGUGGGCUAAAGGAAGUAGGUAUCGAGGACAGUAUAGGUUAGGGCUAAGACAUGGAAUUGGAGUCUAUACGUUUUACACAGGAGAUGUAUAUGCUGGUGAGUGGUCCAAUGGGCAGUGCCAUGGGUGUGGUGUUUAUACCUCUGAAGAUGGAAGCAGAUACGAUGGAGAGUUUAAAUGGGGUGUCAAACAUGGCCUUGGUUGUUACCAUUUCAGAAAUGGAGAUUUAUAUGCUGGGGAGUAUUUUGCAGACAAGAUGCAUGGUUUUGGAGUGUAUCAAUUCGGGAAUGGGCAUAAGUAUGAAGGAGCUUGGCAUGAGGGAAGAAGGCAAGGACUCGGUAUGUAUACAUUCAGGACUGGUGAGACCCAGGCAGGUCACUGGGAAGACGGCAUUCUGAGUUGUGCCAGCGAGCAGACAAUCCGCCCUGGUUCAUCUUUUACCAUCAGCCAUUCUAAAGUUGUUGAUACCGUUGAGCAAGCAAGGAAAGCAGCUGAGAAAGCACAUGAAGUUGUGAAAUUGGAGGAGAGAAUCAAGAGAGUGGUGAUGGCUGCAAACAGAGCAGCGAAUGCGGCUAGAGUAGCAGCUGUGAAGGCUUUCCAAGCACAAACCUUUCACAGGAAUAAUGGUAGUGAUCUUGGAACCGUAUGAUGACAUCUCAUAUAUACUCAUGGGUCAGGAUAGUUUUUAUUUUUCCCUCCAUGAGCAAAGCUAGUUUUUAAACUGUAGAUAAUAAUAAGCCAGUUAUUGUGUUAGCCAAAAAGAGAUCUUUGUAAAUCAACAAAACAUUGGGUCUACUUCAUGGAAUGCAAUUGACAAGUUGACAAACAUGUAGCCAAAAUCCCCAACUUCAUUAAAUAAUCAGAAAUCUGGUCUAUCAUCAACCUUAUAACAAAAAGAUGGAUAAAUGUUGAAUCUGGUAUUGAAAAA